GCGCCAUUGCCAACGCAGAAGUCUGCGUGACUCGUGGCUUGCCUGUGGUGCUUGCCACUGACUCGAGAGUGGACCCUCCCGUGGGAAAAAAACAACCAACCCCCCUCGACGGCCAUGGAAGCGGAGCCAGCGGAGCCGCGCUGGACCAUCCACGUUGCGCUGCCCAGCGGUCGCUCGGCGCCGGUGCCAGCGGCACCCAGCUGGAGCCUCGCGCAACUCCGAAUCGAGUCCAAGCAGCUGCUGGGCGUGCCGCAUGGCCUUCGACUGGUGGAAACUCCUGACGAGACGCGCAGCCUCCAAGACGCGCAGCUCUGGGACGGAGCAGUGGUCCAGGCGGUGGUCGAAGCCGUGAGGCUGAGCGCCACUGAAGGCGCCUUUGCUAUGUGGUACCGCGGUGGUGGGGUGGUCACUUGGGGAAUGCCUGGAGCUGGAGGAGACUCCACCCAAGUGCAAGAUCAGCUGUCCAAUGUUCAGCACGUCCUUCCUUUCCGCCGUGCUUUUGCCGCCUGCUUGACCGACGGAUCGUCCGUGGCCUGGGGCCAUGCCGGAGCUGAGAGCUGUCCAGAUCGAGAGGUGCUGAGCAACUUGAGAGAGAUCCAUGCCACCGACGAAUCCUUUGCGGCAAUCUCGGGAGAAGGCUUUUUGGUGACCUGGGGCCAUCCCCGCCGGGGCGGCACAGCACCCAGACUGGAGGGCCCCAGCAUCCGGCAGCUAGUGGCAGCCGAGAGCGCCUUUGCAGCGGUCUUGGACGAUGGAGCAGUGGUGGCCUGGGGGGCAGAAGAAGCUGGCGGUGAUAGCAGCGAGGUUCAAGAGCAACUGAAAAAUGUGCAAGAGCUGGAGGCUUCUUCGAAUUCGACGUCAUUUGCUGCCCUUUUGACCAAUGGACGUGUGACCACCUGGGGCGAUGCCUCCUUUGGUGGCGACAGCAGCUCUGUUCAAGACCAGCUGAAGAACGUCAAGAGCAUAAAAGCUUCAGCGAUGGCGUUUGCAGCCCUUUUGGCCAAUGGGCAGGUGGUGACCUGGGGGGAUCCUAGCACAGGUGGCGACAGCAGUCGUGUCCAGCACGAACUGAAAGAGGUGCAGAAACUGGAAGCAACCAGUUCCGCUUUUGCGGCCAUUUUGUCCACGGGGCGUGUAGUGACCUGGGGCUUAUCCACCGCAGGAGGCGACAGCAGCUCCGUCCAAGCGCGGUUGCUGGACAUCACGGAGGUGCGGGCCACUGGCAGCGCCUUCGCCGCGGUGACGACGACCGGUCAGGUGGUCACCUGGGGCAAUGCGGCAUUUGGAGGUGACAGUGGGCAGCUUCAGGACCUGGAGGUGGUACAGCUUGAAGCCUCCAAUGGUGCCUUUGCUGCCUUAUGCUCCGAUGGCCGCUUAGUGACCUGGGGUCACCCUGACUUCGGUGGAGAACAGAGGGUCCAGGCGCAGAUCCAAAGGCUGUGAGGUGACCGAGCACGCCUUGGCGUCACGAGUGCGGUGGACGAGGUAAUGCUGCCUAACAACAAGGUCACGGCCAAGACGUGACGCGGUUGGGUGGUUGGAAGAAACUCCGAGUGCCUGAUGGAUGGCACCAGCGACAUUUUUUGAGAUCAUGAAUGCAAGUGUGUCAACUUAAAGAGAAACAGUACCAUUGUGCAAUAGUCAAUAGUUGUGGAGGCGCUGUGUUAGCUACCCAAAAGCCAAUUGGGAAGUUGCCUCACCAUGCCGAUCCAUGUUACAUGUCCAUGUCUCACAUUUUGCUGUUGGUGCAUUUCACCAGCCGCGUCAGAGCCCGUUUGUGUCAUCGCACGCGUUGCGAGACCGGCAGGUAUAGCGCUCACGUGCGACCAGAAGCGACGUGAUUGAUUGAACAUCAGUUCUUACAUGUUCAGUGCUUCAUGUCACGCUGGUCAGGGAAAGCUCCUAACAAGACGUUUGAUCGAUGUGACGGAUUGAGACAUAUUUACUCUCCCUAGGCCUCCAAGUACUUCUGAGAAGGUGUUUGGGGUGGGUUUGGAGGGUCCAAAUACCUUCUGAGGAGGUACUUGGAGGUGUAGGGUCUUUCGACACAGGAUUCG